CCGACUCAGAACAGACGAACCAUGGCAGAAGAAGAAGCUCCAACUCCCGCCGCCGCUCCGGCGAAGUCCCCGGCAAAGACCCCCAAGAAGAAGGCGGCGGCACCCAGACCGAAGAAGGUCGGACCGAGCCUCAGUGAGCUCAUCGUCGGGGCCGUGUCCGCGUCCAAGGAGCGCAGCGGCAUGUCUCUGGCCGCCCUGAAGAAGGCUCUGGCCGCCGGAGGCUACGAUGUGGAGAAGAACAAGACCCGCGUCAAGGUCGCCAUCAAGGCGCUCGUGGUCAAGGAGACCCUGGUCCAGACCAAGGGAACCGGGGCGUCCGGGUCCUUCAAGAUGAACAAGAAGGUCGAGCCCAAGGCCAAGAAGCCGGUGAAGAAGGCCGCUCCCGAAGCGAAGAAGCCCGCAAGGAAGUCCCCGAAGAAGGCGAAGAAACCCACCGCAGCCAAGAAGAGCCCCAAGAAGGCCGCUAAGAGCACCAAGAAGGUGGACAAGAGCCCCAAGAGAGCGGCCAAAAGCCCCAAGAAGGCCGCGAAGAAGGUGGUGAAGAGCCCGAAGAAGGCCGCACCUGCUCCCAAGAAAGCCCCCGCGAAGAAGGCGGCGGCGGCCAAACCCAAAGCGAAGAAGACCGCAGCGAAGAAGAAGUGAGCGGCGACCGGUCCGACACACAACGGCUCUUUUCAGAGCCACACACCUUCUCUGAGACAAACGUCCCGAUUCAUUCAUAUUCAUUCUGUUAUGAUUUAGAAGAUUUGGAUUAUACAUAUUGAAAGAUUAAGUCCAUAAAACUGGAGGGAGAAGAAGCUCAAGCACUGAACAUGGCUCAACUCUUCUCUCAUGAAUCGGGCUCUAAUUUUUCCAAAAUCAUAGUUUGAACAUGCACAUGGCGGGAAAUAUUGUUAUAAGUUAAAUAUGAAACCAUAACACUUACAUUUUUUUCAUUAAACUUAGUAUUUACAAUUGGGAAACAUUAAAAAGUUGCUUAAUUUUCAAAAGACAAACCGAUCAAUGGUGUUUUAACAAAACUUACGAAACUAUAUUGAUCAUAAAUCUUCCAGAUGAAAUCAUUUUUUUAGCCUGUAAUCCCAGACUGGGGCGACUUUCUUUAUACAUAUUUCAAAAUGCUCAGAUAUAAAUUAUUAAAUAAUAAAAGUCAAGUGAAGAUGAACAUCUGAACUACUUCCAUCCACAGGUUAUAAAAAUGAUAUGACCCAAAAAGUUAUUGUAUUAAAAAAUGCAAAUCUGUCCAUAAACAAUCUUGCU